GUUCAACUUUAAUUUUGUGUUCUUUCUUUAUGUUCCACAUUUGAGGAAUUCCCAUUAUUAAAUAACAAUUCCUUGAAAACAUAUCUUUGCAAGGACAUUGCUUUCAUGUCUAAUCGUAUUUAAACGGUAAGCUAAAUUAUUCGUACUAUUGAAUUAGAUUUUUUUUAAAAUACAUUUUAAAUAUAAAAUGAUCAGUUUAUCUCUUAGAAAGAAUGCUGUUUUUAAUUCCAAUUUAAACCUAUAGCAAUAAUUUAAUAUUCAUCAGCUCAUACUGUGUUUAUGUUUCGAUAGGUCUGUAUUGUUGUAACAUCUGAAUAUGUUUAAAUCAUGGGCCUCUUUGAGUUAAAUAGUAAAAAAAAAAUUGAUCUCCUUAACGAUAUUUUAACUUGUGUGACUUAAAUGUUUUCAUGAACGCAGUAUUGGGUCAAAAGUUAUUUCUUUUUUUUUUUGUGUACCCAUUGACUGGACUUUUUUAAGGCAAUCAGUCCCAGGCUCUACACACUGGUAAUCAAUUAAUGUUUGACAACUGUGACAAUAAUCUAUCAAGCUGAAUUAAACCAGUCUUUAGAUAAAGUUGUUUUCUAAGACACACUUUAGAUUGUGACAAAACACCCCAUAGAAUAUGUGUUUCUCAUUACACAUUGUGGGGAUUCAUUGACGCAUUGUUAUUUCCAUUCAUCGUGAACUUCCAUGCCAUACCGAAUCAAUUUGAAAUCAUGCAUUUGAGUGAAUUGCACUUUGAAUUCAUACAUAUAUGUCAUUUACACCUUUUUUUUUUUAAAGUUGCGUUUAUUUCUUCGAUGUACAUCGCUCUGCUAAUAACAUUUGUUUCAUUUAAAAUGAAAGGAAACCUACAUUGUUUUCAUACUUUUAAAGAAAAUAUAUAAAUGCUUUAAAUAUAUGAUUUAAAAAAUGUGGUAAGGAAUAUCAUCAUCCUAGUAAUAGUUUCAGCUCUCUGCAUGAGGUCAAUAACAUUUACAUACAACGUUAACAAAUUCACUGCCUGCUUUCAAAUAAAUAUAGAUUUGAUUUUUUUUUUAAUUAUUAUUAAAUCCAAAAGGAUUAUGCACAUAUGGCAUAUAAAUCUUAAAUUUAAAAAAAAAUUGUUUUCUAUCACCAGCAAAAAAAUCGACCUUCCACGGGAUAUUUGUCAAGUUCUCGAAAUGUCGCAACAGCUACCAGAACUCCAACGACAGGAAACAACUGAAACUUAUCAAAGCCUUGACCUCGAGAGUGUCAUCGAUAAACAAAUUCUAUCAAUAACAGAAAUUCUAACGUUCACGCUUCAUAUAUUAUGAUUAAGGUACACUAAGUGUACACGGCCAUCAUGGUGUACACAGCCACGCCAUUAUCAAUUGUGCGAUAUUGGUUAAAGAGCAGAGGGAAUCACAAUUCCUACCGAAGGGAGGAUUUAUUUCGAGAAUUAGAAAGAAAACAGACCGGAAGAAAGACACAUGUGAGUUAGAUCUGACAAAUUGAGACAAGGAAACACAUCUUGAACACCCUUGAGCCUCAGUUUGUUAUAAAACACUUGCUUUGCCUGUUUUAACUGGUGGAACAUCAACUUAAUUUUUUUUUAAAGGCAAUUUGACAAUAACUUUGGAAGUAAUGCUAACUGGUGAAAGCAGCUCAUUAAAUAAGAUGCACGCGUAAUAUUUAGCAAGUGUUAAAUUGUAUAUGACUUUAAAUUUACCAUCAAGUUUUCUGUUUACAGAAAUAUAUAUUUAAUCUUCGCUACAUUGUUCAAAAAAGACUUCAACUAGAAACUCGAUGUAAACAAACCGAUUUAUCAUAACACACCUUCAAAAUCACAUAAUUUAUAAAUAGAGAAACGCGUUUGCAGUAAAAGAUUUCAUAAAAGAGCUUUAGAAAAAUUAUAUCAACAUACCGUAGGUAAACCUCAUGUCACCAUCAGCGAUUUGAAAUGCGCGCAGAUGAAUUUCAUCGCAUUGCUACGUUUAACAACUAUCCGAAGGCUUCGAACAAAUCUGCACUUAUUUUAGCGGAGAACGGUUUCAAGUUCAUCGGAGGUGGCACCGACGGAGAUGACCGCGUCGAGUGCGUCUUUUGCCGGUGCAGAGUGAGUGAUUGGCAGGAGGGAGACGUCGUCCACGAUGUCCACAAACGAAAAUCUCCAACAUGCUGCAUGGUGACAUUUUGGGAAAACGGAGGCAUUGACAGUGCAAGGCGCAAGGAUUUCCCUUGUGUUGCUCAAGAGUUGUUCGACCGCAUCAAGAGAAUAAAUGAUGAUGUGGUUAUUUCUCAAGCGGGAGGUCUCCUUGAAGGUGUUCGAAAGAGUGGACCGCAAAGUAGCGUUCAGUCCCGUGCAUUACGUGAUGUCGUCAGUAAUGGAGUGCCCAUUCCUGGGUUGGUCGUGGAAAAACCAAAAUAUCCGGACUUUAAAAGAAAGAACAUGAGGAUCGAGAGUUUCGCAAACUGGCCAAAGACCUACCAGCAAAAUCCGGAACUACUUUCGGACGCGGGAUUGUUUUACGAAGGUAAGUGACACAAGUAGGCGUGCUUUUUUGUUACUACGUAUAGACUUAAUAGGCAAUAGAUGCUCUAUAUCUUUCAUUAGUUAUGUGGUCAGUGCUAUGGAAAAUAAUUAAAACUACUCAUAGCCCGCCAAACAUUGGCGACAGUAAUGCAUGAACUUCCCAUCUACUAAAGUUACUUGACAAAACAUGAACUCAAGUAACGCACAUUUAAGAAUCCAAAUUUUCGCUACACCCCUUCGCCCCAUGAUACGUCACUGCACACUUUUUAUUUCACGCCCAUGAACUAUAUUAAUAUUAUAAUGUCCAAACCCUCUUUAAGCCGAAUAUUUAUUACUCCAUAUUUAAAUUGGGACGAUUUUUGUUUUCCGAAACGAAAAUAUUACGCACCAAACGCAGUUGGGUUAUUUAAAAAUAUAUCAUUUAGCGUAGUUAUCGAGAAUUAUAUUUUGCGCGCCAUACGGAAAUGGAGGCAGACACACCGCAUGCGAUUUUUGUAGCGCUCUUUUACGGCUUACGAAAAGAUUUUUUUUUUAAAUACGACCCCCCCCCCUUUUUUUUUUCUCCCCAAGUCCUUAAACUCCCCACAUCCCUUUUUCUAUACACAUACACAUAAACACACAAACUCUUAUACAUAAAUAAUGUUGGACGUGUUUAUGAGAUUUAUGGUUCAAAAGUUUGUAAAAUAGAGUAGCUUGCCCGUGGUUGCCGCCUACUUUCACCAAGUUGGGUUGGUUCCAAAAUCAUGUUUGUUGUUUCUAAACUCGAUUCCACAAAGUUAACUAGAGUUCACUAAAACAGACCCAACAAUUCAGUUUUUAAAGUAAACUUUAUACUUCUACCCUGAACAAUUUCUAUCCUCUCACUUCACGGUGAAGUCAUCCGAUCCGUUCGUCCUCAUAGUCAAACCAUGACAACCCACAAAUGAUAUGAAAGCGGAAAUGAUAUGCACCAACCCGUUAUGCUCUUUUCUCUCCGAAAAUACUAUUUGUUUCCCUCUUCGUGAACGUAUCCCAUAAAGGGCAUAAAGGAUUCCCAUGUUUAUUAUAAUUUAUUUUUUAAAUGAUUAUGUAAUCUCUCUAGAAUUCAUUUAAUAUAUUUUUUUCAAUAAUCCAGAUUGUGGAAAUUUAUUCCGAUGCUUCUCGUGUGGUAAGGGACUGGCGAUAUCGGCGGCAAGUGUGGAUAUCUUGUUGGAACAUGCCAGGCUCUCUCCCAGGUGUCCUUUCAUGUGCUUGAAGAUGGGACAAAAUUUUAUCGAUUUCGCACAGGAAUCAAAGCCAACGGAAUCAUCGGUAAGUUAUUUCAUAGCCCCCAUAAUACUUAUCUCCUAGUGGUGAGAUUAACUACAAUAUAUAUAUAUAUAUAUAUAUAUAUAUUUUGAACGCGGCCCCCCGAUAAAUAAAUAAAUAAAUAAAUAAAUAUAUAUAUAUAUAUUUAUUUAUUUAUUUAUUUAUUUAUUUAUCGGGGGGCCGCGUUCAAUUUGUAUUGUCUGCUGAAGAAGGCGUUUGGCCGAUACGAAAAUUGUGAACGGGUAUCUGUUGAAAUGACCACGGCGCAGUGAAUAAUGCAAUUUUCUGUUGUGGUUGUUGUGGUUGUUGUUGUUGUUUUUGUGUGUGCCCUUUUUCCAUUGGUACAUGUGAAGUUUUGGCUUACUUUGUUUUGACCAGUUGUUUUGAUUGCGUCUGACACAGGUCUCAACAGAUCCAGUCUUUGAGACCAUGGGAGCAACACCGGUGACCAUGGCAAACGGUGAGUACUUAAGUGGAACGAAGUGAGCAAGUGCAAUGGAUUUAAUAAACGAUCUUUGACCAGUGUCCAAGGGGCAGCCGCCCUAAUUGUGCGGGCUUGCAUUGAGGGCGUUCUGGCAGUGACCUCCUAGCUUCAGGUGUGUAAGUCUACUCCAAAGUUAUAGAGAAGAUAUAUAUAUAUAUAUAUAUAUACAAACACAUACAAGAAAUCCAGUGUGUGUGGUAUGUUUGUGAGAGUGAGAGAGAGAGAGAGAGAGGGGGGAGAGGGAGGGAGACAGAAAAGGGAGGGAGACAGAGGGGGUGAUAGAGAACGAAGAGGGAGAGAGUGAGUCAGGGAGAGAUUGAGACAGGGAAAGGGAGAGAGAGAGGGGAGGGAGAGGGGGGAGAGAGAGGAGAAACGCGAGAGGUGAUAGAGAGAGGGUGAGGGAAAUAGAGAGAAGGGCGACAGGAAGAGGUCAACACUCGAAGAAGCAGAGCGAGUUUAUGUGAUCGUUGCAAUUAUUUACCGCACAGUUUCAUAAAUGUCACGUCAUACAUGUCACGUCAUAAAUAUCACGUCAUAAAUGUCAAGUCAUAAAUGUCAAGUCAUAAAUUUCAAGUCAUAAAUGUCAAGUCAUAAAUGUCACGUCAUAAAUGUCAAGUCAUAAAUGUCAAGGCGUGCAGAUGGUCAUUAUCAAAUUUCACGCUUGGGGGAUAAUAAGCGAUACUCAACUUAUUAUCAAUAAAAAUUUCGUUCCAGCCACGCGUAGCGAACUCCUGAUGAGAGACCCUGGUGUUCAAGUGCUUUUAGAGGAGGGCUACCCCGAAAAAGAUAUCCUGAAGAUUGUAACAGAGAUGGACAAUAAAGGUAAACCACCCCAUCUCUCCUCUUAUAUAGCUUUUGCUUCUGGUGUGGCUGCUCCCAUUUCACAACCGGCCCUUCCCCUACUCAACAUGUUUGAUAUUAAUAGCAUUGAAUGGGGGGGGGGGGCUGUCAGGCAGUGAGUGUCAUGCGUGACGGUUGCACUCAGGUAAAAAUGGUUGAGUUUUUUUUUUCUAAAGAGAGUGGAGGAGGGGGGGGCAAUAUUAUAUUAAUAUAUAAAGAGUCACGGGUAUAGUGUAGGAAUGUCUGCAUGACUUUAUGUAGGACAUUGAUUAAAGGUCAUCACGUAGGGUGCAGGACUGUCUGUAGGCCUAUUGUUUAAAAGCUGGCAGGUAGGGUGUAGGACUGUCCGUGGGAAUAGUGUUUAAAGGCCGGCGCGCUAGGGUGUAGGACUGUCUCUAGGACUAUAAUUCAAAUGCGGGCAUAUAUUAUAGAAAAUGAAAAGUUAACUCCUGUUUUUUGUAGCACGUGGCCCCACCAGGGUAUUUUCUCAAAGUACCCGGAUCCAGUGUAAAACAAAACUGCCACCCCCCCCCCCCCCCCCCCGCUAAACAUGUCAUUUUUGUUAUGUAUCGCAAAUUCGGGAAACUGAAAAAGAAAUUAACAGGUGCCUGAUUAUCAUGGAAACAGUAGGGUGUUAUUCGAGAAUACAGUGUUAGAUACCGCCCAAGGAGGUGGGUUUGGGGUGUGGGGUGGGGGGUGCUCUUAUCACAACAAUUAAACGACUUAAUAAUCUCGUGUGUGUAACAAAAGCGAGAUUGAAUAGAAACACGUCGACUUGAGAAGCUACUUUAGAUAAAAUGGCUGAGCGUGAUGACUCGCAUUUAUAGAUUCUUCAAAGAGAGGAGGGGGUGGGGGAUAACAUGCGUUUAAAGUAAAUCUGUCCACACCCGUCCGUCAGCCCCCCCCCCUUUUUUUACGGCUGUCAACCCGAGUGGGCUGGGUUGUUUUUUUGGUUUUUUUUGUUGAUGUUUUUUAUGUAUUGUUUUUUUUUUUAAAUUAUUUUUUUUGUGUGGUUAAAUGUGGAUCAAUGUCAACCCGUGUGAGCUGGGUUGUUUUUUUGGUUUUUUUUGUUGAUGUUUUUUAUGUAUUGUUUUUUUUUUUAAAUUAUUUUUUGUGUGUGGUUAAAUGUGGAUCAAUGUAUGGAAAUAUGAGAAGCAAUGAAAUAAACGCAUAUUUCAAAGGGACAUUACUAUCCUGACUGAUCACCACCUCUGACCGAAAAACGAUGCCGCUGGGUGCCGUCCAUGGCUUGACAUGUAAAAUAGUUUUAAAUAUACAUUUGUUUUGUUUUAUUUAAUUAAUAUAUGUUAAUUUUUUUUUAUUAUGUUUGUUCAAUUGUAUGUAUAGCGUGGUGAGCCCAGCCCUAUGCAGUGCAGUGGACUCUUUUAUAUUACAGAUUCUGCACGCGAGUUUAGCACGUGGGUUCCUCAGUCGAGCGUUAUGUGAAAAUAAUCCAGUUUAUACCAGAAAUGAUUUUUUUUUCACGGUUGAUAAAAGAUUUCUCUGUUUAUGUAGGAGAAACAACAGAAGUAAUGACAGUAUAUGAAAAACUAACCGGAUUGGAAGUCUCCAAGAGUGAAGGUAAGGUUAGCUGCAUGCUACUCAGUACUGGGCUUUUAUUCUAUUUAGUACUGUAGGUUCUUUACCUACUAAAAUCCAUUCUGAGAGUAUUAAGACGAUUUUGUUCCUGGUUGUUUAAAAGUCUUACUUUGUAAAGUCCUUAAUGAAGAUCCCAGGUUUCCUUAUCGCCUGAAAUAUUUGAUUCAAACAUUGAAAGACAAACAACAGAUGGAAUCUUCACACGACUAUGUGUCCGACUAUAAUGUUAUAAACCUUUGUCUAUUCCCAGAUGCUUUUGAUCCAUUCAGCACAGUGUUAUAGAAAUAAUACAAAGAACAUUGCUUUUGCUUUCAGAAAUGACCAGAUUGAUUGAGAUGAAUAAGCAGCUGCGCUUGAAAACUCUGUGCAAAGUCUGCACAACGGAGAAGGCUUCAAUAGUCUACUUUCCCUGUGGCCAUCUUGCCUCCUGCUUAGACUGCUCAGAUGUAGGACGAGACUGUCCUUCAUGCGGCAACCCUGCCCCUGGUUUAAUCCGAGCCUUUAUAAGAUAAAAGCUGUUUUGAAAAUAGAUAUUUUAAAUUUUCUUUAUCACUGUCGGGUCUAUCAGAUAAAGAUAUAAUCAACUAUUUUAGGCAUUGCUACACUUAAAUCAAAUCUGAGUAGCUCAAAAUGCCUACAACCUAUUGUUUCAGUGAACAUUUGUUGAUGAAAGGACUUGUUACUCAAAUAUUUUUAUGAUGGCUUAAAAACAUAUCUAGCGUUUUAGUUGUACUCUUAUAGAUUUUUGUUUAAAACACUUUUUUUAUACUUACUUGCUUCUAAAAACUAAAUUUUGAUGUAUUAUUUUUUUAAAAAUCAUGCAGAUUUUCAUUAAUAAAUACUAUUAUAUAUUUUUUUAGGUUGAGAUAUUAUUUUAUCUGUUAUUAUGAGUUGUAGGGUUUUUUUUCUACAUCAAAAAAACAAAAAAAACAAAGAAUUUCAUAAUAUAUUUUUUUUUUUAAAUGUCUUUAUAACAAUACAACUCAUCAUAUAUUGAGAGCAUGUUCUUUAUGUUUUUGUUCUGAAAUAACGCACAGACCUUCCAUAUAUAUAAAAAAAAACAAUAGCGCAUAACACCGUGUGUUUAAAGGGUAAUACCUUAUAACGGAAGGCAUAUAACGCUACUAUGUACCUGCUUUUGCCAUGUCUUGCUUGUGUACAUUCCAGUGUUUCAUUAAUUAAAUAUUUACAGUCAGUGGCUAGAAUGAGCCCCCCCCCCCGGGCAGAAAUUUUUCUUUUAAUACAGAGGGGCCGCAUUUUCGGCAAACUGCAUAGUGUUUUAUUUCAUGAAAGGGGGCGUCAAAAAUCUUGCCCACCCCAACCCCCCCCCC